GACUUCCAGCGAGAGAGCGCGAGUAUAAAAGCCAAACACGGAGCGCGAACAGCUAUAGUAUUUAUUCACAUCGCUUGCAGUUCGCAUCGUCAGACUUAUUUUUCACAACAAACCAAUCAAAAUGAGUUCCGCUGAGUACUACCCAUUCAAGUGCACACCCACCGUCUACCCGGCGGAUCCCUUCGAUCCCGUCGAGGAUGCGGCUAUUCUGCGCAAGGCGAUGAAGGGCUUCGGCACCGACGAGAAGGCCAUCAUCGAGAUCCUGGCCAGGCGUGGCAUCGUCCAGCGUUUGGAGAUCGCUGAGGCGUUCAAGACCUCGUACGGCAAGGACCUGAUCUCGGACCUCAAGUCCGAGCUGGGUGGCAAGUUCGAGGAUGUUAUCUUGGCUCUGAUGACGCCGCUGCCCCAGUUCUACGCCCAGGAGCUGCACGACGCCAUCUCGGGACUGGGAACCGACGAGGAGGCCAUCAUCGAGAUCCUCUGCACGCUGUCCAACUACGGCAUCAAGACCAUUGCCCAGUUCUACGAGCAGAGCUUCGGCAAGUCCCUAGAGUCCGACCUGAAGGGCGACACCAGCGGCCACUUCAAGCGGCUGUGCGUCUCGCUCGUCCAGGGCAACCGGGAUGAGAACCAGGGCGUGGACGAGGCCGCGGCCAUCGCCGAUGCCCAGGCUCUGCACGACGCCGGCGAGGGACAGUGGGGCACAGAUGAGUCCACCUUCAACUCCAUCCUGAUUACCCGCUCCUACCAGCAGCUGCGCCAGAUCUUCCUCGAAUACGAGAACCUGUCGGGCAACGACAUCGAGAAGGCCAUCAAGCGGGAGUUCAGCGGCUCCGUGGAGAAGGGUUUCCUGGCCAUCGUCAAGUGCUGCAAGUCCAAGAUCGACUACUUUUCGGAGCGCCUGCACGACUCCAUGGCCGGCAUGGGCACCAAGGACAAGACGCUGAUCCGCAUCAUCGUCAGCCGGUCGGAGAUCGAUCUGGGUGACAUCAAGGAGGCAUUCCAGAACAAGUACGGCAAGAGCUUGGAGUCCUGGAUCAAGGGCGAUACAUCCGGCGAUUAUAAGCGUGCCCUAUUGGCUAUUGUUGGCUUCUAAAAGAUCCCCAUCCAACAAUAAUUUAUCUCUUUCGUCUGUUCCACGCUCUAAACUAUAUGCAAACAGAAUGUACAAACGAAAUUCCGAUAUCGAAUAGUUGACAAUGUAUAGUUUUUGAAUUGGAACACGUUUUAACGAAGACGCAGUGCAUUUAAGUCGUAGAAUCAGAACCCCAGUCUCGCAUCCUGUUGAUUAUUAUAACCAUUGUGACUUUUAUUAUUAUGACUAUGCACGCCACAUGCACAUAAUUGUAUCUCUAUAAUUACUACACCUCAGGCUACUUGCAUUGCUGUGUAGCUAUACUUUCAGUUUUGUUUUGAGUCUCAUUUGCAAGAUAUUUUAACUUAAAAAAAUACGAAAAUAAAAAAUACGAAAAAAUGAAAUACAAAA